AUGGCCGAUCUACACUCCCGUCUGUGGACGGGCGCCUCGAGCGUCUGGCCACAGAACUACAUUGACGUGCUGCAGAUCCACCGUAUAGACCGUGACACGCCUUCCGAAGAAGUCAUGCGUGCCCUGCACGAGCUCGUCGUCUCUGGUGAAGUGCGGUGCCUUGGUGCCUCAAGCAUGCACGCCUGGGAGCUUGCACGUCUGCUGUACACGACGCAGAUGCACGACUAA